AUGUCUACAGACGAAGAAACGAAACUGGAUUCAACCAUCGCUCAUACGUUUGCUUCAAAAAAUGCAUGCAUGAGCGACGCUUAUCUAGAAGAUGGUCCGUUAUUUAGAGCGACGCUAAAGCAACUUGAAGACCGCACCGUCUCACUUAAAGCUUCAUUGAAACGUAUUAUCAAGACAGCAUCUGCUUCUCUCGAAAUAAGACGCCAAUUAACUCGGAGUGAUGAAAUCUACUUUCAUGCUCUACAAGACACGCAAUGCAUUGAACCUUUUUUGACAAACUAUUUAUCAGGGGCAUGGAAAUCCAUUCAAGAAGAACGUCUUCGGCUCGACGAGUCUUUAUCCACACAACUGAUUGAGCCGCUCAAGAAACUGUAUGAUCAGGAUAUCAAAGCAGCAGAUGUCAAACGUCGACAAUUUGAAGAAGAGAGUAAAGAUUAUUAUGCUUUUCUUUCCAAAUAUUUGAAGAGCAGUAACAGUAAGAAAAAUACAGAAGUGCAGCAACAACAACAACAGCAACAACAACAACUACGAAAAUCAAGAUUUGAUCUGGCUCGGUUUGAUUAUUUAGGAUUCUUGCUUGAUUUGCAUGGCGGCAAGAAGGAAAAUGAAAUUUUGUUUUGUAUUGCUGAUCAUACGGUCCGAGACGUUAAUUACUUUGAGACGAUUGCAAACAAGAUUGAUGCUGAGAAGAAGGGACUGAAUGAGUUAUUUCGAGUCAUCACAGAGAACUCACGUGAACAGGAAUUGGCGGCUCAUGAAAGGGAGAAAAAAAGGGAAGAAUUGGUGGCUCGGUGUAACAUGGAUGUAGAUCAAAAACAAAUAGAAGAAUUUUUAAAGCAACAAGUCACGAUUGAAGAAUUGAUCAGUGAAACUGCUUCCAACGUCAUGAGCUCAAGUAGUAGUUCCACCUCGAAUCAAGAAGAAGAAAGUAAACUCAAAGGCUUUCGAGAUUUGGAUCAAUAUAUGGCUACAAGUAGCAUAGGUAGAAAGAAGGAAGGGUUUUUGUUUGCUACCGCGAAGCCUUCAAAAAGCACGGGUGGAUUUGAUGUGAAGUCUGGCUCUGUAACUUGGCGCAAAUAUUGGUGUGUGCUCAGUGGUGGUCAAUUGCAUGAAUAUUCUAAUUGGAAACGGCAAUUGGAACCUCAUAUUGAUCCUAUUAAUCUACGUUUUGCCACAGUUCGUGAGGCACGUAAUUCAGAUCGUCGCUUCUGCUUUGAAGUCAUCACGCCUCAAUUACGCCGUGUCUAUCAAGCAACUUCACAAGAAGAAGCAUAUAACUGGAUUGGCACCAUCCAUAACUCAAUCGAAAGUGUCUUAAACGGCACAAGUAGCUCUGUUAACCUAACCGAAUUAAAACCCAAACCGCCUUCCACCCUGUUUUCUCGGUGCCGUCGACAGUCAUUGAGUGGUGCCUUCAGACCCUCUACGACAAGUAGUCUCAAUCAAGCUUCUGAUAAACUUGUUGUCUCACCAAGUAAAUCAACACCUGUAAAACUAAAGAAACGAAAUUCAUCAUUUAGUACAGAACAUCCUAUGCCGAUGCCUCUUCCUCCUUCUGCCUCUCAAAAAAGACCUACUUCAAGCUUGUUUCAUCCAGUGUCUGAAAGUGCAGAGUUGUUGGCAUCAACUUCAAGUCCAAGCGAACGGUUCCGAUGGUCAGGAUUUAGUCUAGGUAGCAUCAGUUUAGACAAAAAAGAAAAAGACAAUGGUAGUGUGGUCAGUAUUCCUUACAGUUCGAAUAACAAUGGUGCCUAUGUGUUUUCAUCGCUUGCCGAGUCUGAAUCAAAUACAAAACUCUUGUCUAUUCUCAAAGAAGAUCCCUCAAAUCAUUAUUGUGUGGACUGCAGUGCUCAAAAUCCAGAUUGGUGUUCACUCAACUUGGGUGUUUUGUUAUGUAUAGAAUGUUCUGGUAUUCAUCGUAGUCUUGGCACACAUGUCUCCAAAGUGCGUUCAUUAACACUUGACAGUCAUUCCUAUACACCUGAUAUUAUCGAACUUCUCAAGUCCAUUGGUAAUGCUAAAGCAAAUGCUAUCUGGGACGCAAGAAUCGAGAAAAAACUAGUAAUCAAAAAAGAAGACAUACCUCGCCCCAACUCAACAGACCCCCGUGCCAUCAAAUAUGCUUAUAUUCAAGCCAAAUAUGCAGGACAUCAAUUUGUGCAAGAAUUAGAAGGUAGCACAAAUGCAGACAGUGUCUUAUUUGAAGCCAUUGAUGCAGACGACAUACCAAAAGCAUUGUAUGCAUUGGCUUCGGGUGCCAAUAUUAACUCGAUACGUACAAGUCAAAAACCAGUCAUUGAAUCUUCUUUGUUUAUGAUGCCUCUGGAUUUAGGCGAAGAUGUAUCAAAGACACUUGAUUUUGAAGGUGGAAGUGAUGAUACAAACUACAGUGAACAGGCAGAAGACAAUCAGUGUGCAUUACAUUAUGCUUUACUUCACGGUAGAACGACACAUGAUGAAGAGUUGUUUGCAGUGACUAGUAUGGAUGAAACAGAUUCAGUUGAUUCCACAAAGCGCAAACUCAUAUUUCCAAUGGCAGAAUUUUUGCUACAGAAUGGUGCCGAUACAAACAUGAUUGAUCCUGAUUGUGUGUUGGAUGACGAAGCACUUGUGUACAUCAAUACCAAAAAUACAGCAAGAGGACAGUCUACUAUUACAAGAUCAAGCACAAUCUUAAACCAGCAUUUGUUAAGCAUUCACUUGCAACAGCAAGCAGACGAAGAAGCUGCAAAAGACCAUCAUCCUGUAGUGAUCAUUGAAGAAGAAGAAGACAAACAAUCAUAA